AUGAAUAAAUCUAUUUUUUAAUAAAUAUUUAAGGAAAUAUGUUUUAUUGGAUUGAUAAAUAGAGAUCAAUGUUAAGAGUUGAUUUAAAAAGUCAUAAAGCAUUAUGAUUCAGAUAAAAAUGAUUUGAUGGAGAUAAAAGAUGCUGGUAAUUUACAAUCUGAUUGCUAUAAAUCCAUCAAUAUUGAUUUUAGUCCAUCUCAAACUGAUGUCAAAAAAAAGGAUAUGCUGAAAUAUUUGAUAGGAAAGGGAAAAAUAUCAGUAGACGAUAUUGAACUCUUAUGUUUUAAAUACUUCGGUGGAGAAAUCUCAACUACUGAAAUCGCUGAUUUCAAACGAUAAAACAGCACAGUCUAUUGA